UGUACAUGUAAAGUACCGUAUACACACAAUUAUCGGGUAUCAUCGCAUUCCACAUCGGCUAGCCCUUGACGCGACUCGACUACGAAUUUGUCUUUUUAGGGUCAUUUUUCUUGUAUGAGUUAUGGAUUCCUCAGACGGUCCAACAGGCAGCAACCAAACUGAAUCUCAGAUGCAUCAUGAACAGUUCUGGGAGAGACAGAUGGAAACCAUCAGGAACUUGAAGAAUAGUGAUUUCAAGAAAGCGCAGGAGCUUCCGUUAGCCAGAAUCAAGAAGAUUAUGAAGCUAGAUGAAGAUGUCAAGAUGAUAAGUGCUGAAGCCCCGGUGUUAUUUGCCAAGGCUGCUGAAAUCUUCAUUACAGAACUCUCACUCAGAGCGUGGCUUCAUACAGAAGAGAAUAAAAGAAGAACACUUCAGAGGAAUGAUAUCGCCAUGGCAAUCACCAAGUAUGAUCAGUUUGAUUUCUUGAUUGAUAUUGUACCAAGAGAUGAGCUCAAACCACCUAAGAGAUCGGAGGGUCAGCUGCAGCAGACGGCCAUACCGGCCGAUCAAGUCCAGUAUUAUUUCAGCGUUCCUCAGCAGGGUCAGAACCAAGGGUCAAGUACCGUGCAAGUCCAGAACACCGCUGCUGCUGCUACUGUGGUCAGUGCUGCUAACACCUCAGCUGGUCAGCUCGCUACAACUCAACCACAAGUUCAGUUUAUCACCGUUGGUGGUAACCAAUCUGGGACUAGUGGUACCCAGCAGCAGCAGCAACUGCUUCAGUCUUUGCAGCAGAUCCAGACAGGUUCGGAUGGUCAAACGACCUUGAUAAACUCACAAGGUCAGGUCAUCCCUAUCCAGCUACCAGCGGGUACCAAUUUACAGCAGGUGGUGGCUAAUGCCAGUGGGGAUAAUCAACAGAUUCAAUUUGCUGGCAAUCAGCUGCAGUAUGUCAGACAAAGCAGCUCUGGUAAUCAACAACAGACGGCUGGACAGGAAUUCAUCACACAGCUAUCAGGAGGACAGAUCUUCCAGAUUCAACAGGUUCCUGGCCAGACCCAAGCAGGUGGUAACCUAGGACAACAGGUGUUCCUUCAACAAGCCUUGCCGGAAACGACGACUACCAGCUCAGAGCAACAGUGAUUGACACCUUGUAUAGUGACCACAUGUUAGGAAGAGAGACAUACAUUGUAAAGGGUAUCACAGUUGAUGGCAAGAUCUUCUAAGGUCUCCUGUCCAUAUCCUGUUUAAAUCAAGCGAAAUGAACAACUUCUGAAGGACAUUGAGCGGAUGAUGUGUGAUUCGUUGCAUGUUAGGAUGAAGGAUAGUGCUUCUGUUAAAGAUCUUCUGAGGAUAUCCCACAUAAAUCAAGCGAUUGCUACAAUCUUUGAUGCGAUUACAGGUGAUAUUAGGAGCUCCUAUCGAUGUUCUUUUUAAAUCAAGCUAUAGCCUCCAUGAAACACUGAAUGGAAACCUUUAUUGCAUUUUAUAAAGAAAAGUAGAGCUUCUAUUCAAGGUGUAGUGUGGAUAUCCCAUUUGAAUCAAUCAAUUGCUUCAACCUCCGAGAAACUGUGAGUGAACCUCUUGUAUUUUAAUUCUGAAAUAGGAAGAGACACAAUUGAAUGUUAUAGCUGAUCUGUCGAUAUCCAAAUCAAGCGGUUGCUACAUGUACAACCUACAUGUGGAACAAUGAAUGGAAACGUCUAUGUGAAAUAAUGGAUGGAAACCCAUUUUUUAUGGCAUGCACAUGUAAGGAAAGAGACACAAAUGAUGACCGACAGUCACUAUGCUACCAGGGACCGGUUGCAGAAAGAGUUACGAUCAAACGCAAUUAAAAAAAUCUUACGCAACUUGAUUUUUCAGCCAACGAAGCACCCGUAUUCGGGACUUGUGCGUGAUGUUUUGACUUGCUUUUUAAGCACCCGAAUUCUUUCUGCAACAGGCCCCAGGUUCUCUUACUGGUAGCAACAAACUUUAAUAGAGCAACAGUGAUGGGCACGGUUGAUAGGGCUGUCAUUGAGUCGUUUUGUUUGCCUGUAAAUCUCAGGGGAGGGAAUAUCCAUACUAGGUGACAGGGAGUUAUUGAAUGUUAGGUUUCUGACAUGAUACUGAAAUUAUUUUGAUUCCCAUGUGCAGAUGGCCCUGGGAUGCCACUUUUUCAGACCAAGCAUAGACUGCACAUUUCUUGUUUGCAAAUGCCCAGCCUAGGUAAUUUCAGCUGUUUAUAUCCAUUCUGAGUGGCUUCCCUCUACCAACAUUAUCGUCACCAAUAUUUGUCAUGCUUUUUUUUAUCACACUUAAUUUAUUAACAGAGUUUUAGUAACUGUGUAGUGCUUACUGUUUAAUGAAAUGGCUUGUACAAUUCUUAACUAUUGAAGAUAAAAAUUGAUUCAAUGUAUAUUUUGUUUUCCUUUUUUAAAGUAAAGCACAUAAGUUUGUUCCGAAUGAACUGGUUGGUCUAGAAGGUCAGUAAUUGGGGCAGUUUCCAGUAGAAGCAAAACAGAAAUUACCAAGAUAAGGGUGCUCAUGGAUUUUAUUUGUUUUAUAUAGAAUGCUUCUUGUCAUGUAAUUGGUAUCUUAUUGGAAGCCAUCUUUGUUCAUAAUUUUUAUAAAUAAAUAUGAAUUUGUACAUAUUUAAA